AUGUCUCUCGACCAGAACUUGUUCACACUCGCCAUCACCGCCAGCACCGAGGAAAAUGGCGCCGUAGACUUGACCGAUCCGAGCAGUAACACCAUCUAUUAUCGCAAACGAUUCAAUGCUGGAGAUGCCGAGAACGCAUAUAGCUGGAACUUUUACGGCGGCCUCUUAUGCACUGUCACUGCAUCCAACGCAAGUAGCAAGCAAAAAUGGAUAGAGCUACACAAUCCAGAAGCCAAGGUCGAGCUGGGUUAUACCGGUACCUUCACAUUUAAGUGGUGCUUUGACUGGGAAGGCCAUACUUUUGAGUGGCGGCGUGAAAGCUGCUAUCUGCUUCGCAAGCCAGAUCCUCCAGUUCAAGUCGCUGUGACCCGUGAGCCAGCAGGGAAAAUACGAACCUCCCAAGUGCAACUUUUGGAUUUCAAUCUGAAUCGCUUCGAUAUCGAGGAUCGAAAGGGCCUCGAAAUUAUCAUGUUGGCGUCCCUUAUGACGUUUCAAGACUAUUCAGAGGCUCUCAAAGGCGACAAGAAUGGUGGCUCACCCUCUGCUCCACCAAGCAGGCACAAUUCUGAUGGCCCAGCGACCCCAACCACGGUGGCGGAAGUAAUAUCAAAUAGCCAAGCAGUCAAUAGAGUUCAGAAGAAUAAUGUUAUCAUUGGUGAUGACGCUAGUGUGGAAGACUAUGCAAAUCAUUGUGACCCUUCCCUUUUGUAUCUUGUUUUACGCUCUCAAUCCCCGGAUCACGUUCCAAAGGUCAUUCAGGUCGCCGAGGCGACGAAGCGAACCCAUUACAAGACCGGGGGGUACAACGAGGAGCUAAACCAGUAUGUGACAAUGGAAGACGAAAAACCACAGGCGAAUGGACCCAAGAUUAUCAAGUUGGACGAUGACAAGCACAAGAAGAAAAAGGAAAAAGAUUACAAGCCACCGCAGAUGGUCGUAGUACACCUCAGCAAGAUACCGAUGCCAGAGCUUGCACCCAAGGCGCGACCUAGCACCAAGCCGUCCCCGCCUUCAACCGAGAGCUCCCUUAGACCGCCGACCAAGCCUGGUCGCACACCCUCCCCCUCACGACCAGCAUCAUCCAGUCCCGGACCAUCUCAUCCGAACAAGAUUACCAAGCCGUCAUCUUCCCAACAUCCCACUCCCCAACACACGCCACAAUCAAGCGAUCCAUAUCGCUAUCCUAUGGUACUCUACCCUCCCACCGGCCCACCUCCUUCUUUUCCAAACCCCAAACCACACAAGGGGAAAGAUAAGAAGAAUAAUCAGCCCAACAACCAACCACCUCCACAGCACCAGAUGAACGGGCCGUAUCCAGUUCCGGGCGCAUGGCCUUCAACCCCGAACCAAACUCCUGGCGCUAUGAACUCGAACCGCCCUCCAACACAGCCGCAACAGCCAUCACGGCCAGCCAGCCAAGGAUACUAUCCCUCAUUCCCGAACCCAUCCUCACCUGCACCAAUGCCAGGGCAAUACAACGGACCACCACCUCCUGGACCGCCUCCAAGUCACAAUUCACAGCCUCAGCAACCGCAUACGUUGACUUCACAGUUGACGACUGGGAUCGCGCAUGUGGGCUACAAUCUUUUGAGCAAGCUUGCUCCCCCACCGCCUCCUCCUCAGAAAUAG